CAAAGACUGACUAUUUAAAUUCUCUUCUUUCAACUCUAGAAAGGAGUAGCGAAGUUAACAACAGAUUGGUUUAUACGCAGAAUCAUACAACCUUCUAGAGUCACGAUGAGGAGAGUUAAGGGACUGGCCUCACUUAACCGAGCGGCCCGAGCCAUUGCAAGCGACGCCACUUCGUCCACUCAACAUAGGUUGCCUCACGCCGCUCCCUUUACCACAUUCUCAUCUUCCACCUCUCAAAGUUUCGCCCAAAAGAUCGCCGAUCGGUUUGGAAAAUCAAGUCCCUCUGUAGCUGGAGCUGUCGCGGGGUUCUCCGUCGCUGCCUCAUCUCUGGGUCAAGACGUUCACGCCAAGGAGCCGCCACGCUCUCAGAACUUCCUCCCGAAAGAUGUUGUUCUUUAUCAAUAUGAAGCUUGCCCUUUCUGCAACAAAGUUAAAGCAUUCUUGGAUUACCAUAGAAUUCCGUACAAAGUGGUGGAGGUUAAUCCCAUAAACAAAAAAGAGAUCAAGUGGUCUGAUUAUAAGAAGGUGCCCAUACUGACCGUUGAUGGUGAACAGAUGGUUGAUUCUUCAGAUAUAAUUGAUAAGUUGUUCCAAAGGAUUCAUCCCGAUAACUCUGCUCCUGAAAGUGAUGAAGAGAAGGAGUGGCGACGGUGGGUCGAUAAUCACUUGGUGCACGUUUUAUCACCAAACAUUUAUCGAACCACUUCUGAGGCUCUUGAGUCCUUUGACUACAUCACCACUCAUGGCAAUUUUAGCUUUACUGAGAGGUUAGUGGCCAAGUAUGCUGGAGCAACUGCUAUGUAUUUUGUAUCAAAGAAACUGAAGAAGAAACACAAUAUCACUGAUCCGCGUGCCUCAUUGUAUGAAGCAGCCGAAACAUGGGUGGAUGCCUUAAAGGGCCGGCAAUAUCUUGGUGGCUCAGAACCAAAUUUAGCCGACCUUGCAGUUUUUGGUGUUCUGCGGCCAAUUCGGCACCUUCAAUCUGGCAGAGAUAUGGUGGAACAUACUCGCAUUGGUGAAUGGUACUCUCGGAUGGAAACCAGUGUGGGAGACUCCUCAAGAAUUCCGGAGUAAGAGAGAUGAUUUUGCCCCUUGGUCCUAAGUUGGAAUAUAUGAUUAAGUUGAAUGUGCUACUAACAGAUAAACCACUAAAAGAGAAGAAAUAAGAGUUGAAUAAUUAUUUUGC